AAUUUAAGAACAAUGGGAUGUCUGCUUGGAAUGAUUCAUUCCUAAUGCCCUUUGAUGACUGCUCUUGUUCAUGUGGAUCAAUCCUUUGUAAACCACUAAAUCUUCCAAUCCUUGAAUCGUUCCAUCCCUCUUCGACAUUGCAGUCUUGUCGGUGAUCCUCUCACCCCUGUAAGCUUGCCCCGGGACAAGGCAAUUUAAUCCUUCACAAUGCCAAUGCUUAAGGACCCCUCGACAAAAUACAAGCCCUUCAAGCCCUUGGAUCUUCCCAAUCGUCAAUGGCCUUCAAAAACUCUGAACAAGCGUCCGAGGUGGUUGGCUACUGACCUUAGAGAUGGAAACCAGAGCUUGGUCGACCCCAUGGAUGGGGACCAAAAGCUUCGAUAUUUCAGAAUGCUGGUAGAAAUCGGGUACAAGGAAAUUGAGAUCUCCUUCCCAUCAGCUUCGCAAACGGAUUACGAUUUCACUCGACGUCUUGUCGAAAGCCCUGGCGAGGUUCCAGCAGAUGUUUGGCUGCAAGUUCUUUGCCCUUGCCGGGAGGACUUCAUUCGACGUACUGUCGAUUCCCUCAAGGGAGCCAAAAAGGCAAUUCUCCAUCUUUACCUUGCAACCAGUGAAUGCUUCCGCAGAAUAGUGUUCGGCAUGUCGAAACAAGAGAGUCUGGAGAUGGCUGUGCGAUGUACGAAAUACGCUCGCUCGAUCACUAAGGACGAUCCUUCAACUGCUGGUACCGAGUGGCUUUUCGAAUUUUCGCCGGAAACGUUUUCGGAUACGGACCCGGAUUUCGUGCUUGAAAUUUGUGAAGCAGUGAAAGCUGCUUGGGAGCCAACGGUAGAAGCACCGCUAAUCUUUAACCUUCCUGCUACAGUAGAAAUGUCCACUCCUAACGUUUAUGCGGAUCAAAUUGAAUAUUUCUCGACGAACAUCUCUGAGAGGGAAAAAGUUUGCGUUUCUCUACAUCCUCAUAAUGACCGCGGAUGCGCAGUCGCGGCAGCAGAGCUAGCACAGAUGGCAGGAGCUCAACGGGUUGAAGGCACUCUAUUCGGAAACGGGGAACGAACCGGAAACGUCGAUUUGGUCACUCUGGCUCUUAAUCUCUAUACACAGGGAAUCUCCCCAGGAGUAGAUUUCUCCGAUAUCAACUCCGUUAUAAAGGUAGUGGAGGCAAGCAACAAGAUCCCUGUGAAUGAGAGAUGGCCAUAUGGUGGACAAUUGGUCGUUUGCGCAUUCAGUGGCAGUCAUCAAGAUGCUAUUAAAAAGGGAUUCCAGGUUCGUGAAAAGAGCAAGACAGCCGAUGCGGAUAGGUGGCAGAUACCAUACCUUCCCAUUGACCCAGAAGAUAUCGGCCGCAACUACGAAGCCAUCAUCCGGGUCAACUCACAGAGCGGCAAGGGUGGUGUUGCCUGGGUUAUCCUUCGCAGUCUUGAACUGGAUCUUCCCCGCGGACUACAAAUCGCAUUCAGCAAGGUCAUUCAGACACAAGCCGACAGGCUUGGUCGUGAGCUCCUGCCCAAAGAAAUCGUCUCCCUUUUCGAAGAGGCCUACCAUCUCAAGCAAAAGGCCCGUUUCUCCCUGGUUGACUAUAACAUCACUACCGACCGCUCGCAGUCCCCCGCUCCCCCUGAACCCGGCAAAGCACUCAACACCAAGAACCUCAAGCGACGCUUUGCUGGCAUUAUUGAAAUCGACGGCAUACAACACGCCAUCGUCGGUGUGGGCAAUGGUGCUAUCUCUUCCCUGGCAAACGCCCUAAAAUCCCUGGGCAUUGAUCUGGACGUUGUUGACUACAAAGAACACGCCAUCGGCGCCCAUAGAGACACUAAGGCCGCAACAUACAUCGAGUGUACGUCCGCCGAUAGCUCAGAGAAGGUCUGGGGCGUUGGUAUCCACCAGGACGUUGUCCAGGCUAGUUUGACAGCUCUUCUAAGCGCUGCCAGCUCUGUAAGUCAAUUCCCAUUUCUUCCUUACAUCUCGAGCUAA